GAAAAGGAAUUUUCCACCGCCAUUUUCAGGAGGUGGUACGCAGUCGUUAUUAAGCUGAAGUCAACGGCGACUUGCUGACUUCAUUGCAGAUAACCUCAACGCAGUAUCCUGUUAUCCAAUAAUUUGAAAAGAAGAUGUCUAACGAACAGAGCGAAAUUGCUUCCGACAAGGCACUCGAGGAGCAGACGGCGCCGGAUCAACAGUUGCAGCAGCAAGGAGAAAUGAACGGCAAGGCCAAGCAUGAGGGCAACAUGAGCAGGAAGGAGAGGCCCCAGAAGAGAGGCGGCGGCGGACGCUUUGAGCCCUAUGGAAAUGUCAACAAGAGAUACCGUGUUUUUGUCAGCAACAUCCCUUACGAUGUGAAAUGGCAAUCCCUGAAAGACCUGAUGAAGGAGAAAGUGGGUGAUGUAACGUACGUGGAACACUUAAUGGACGCAGAAGGCAAAUCAAGGGUAAGUGCAAACAUAUAUAAACACAACCUUUUGAAAUAUCCUUGGCAAACCUGUGUUUGUCAGCUUUGGUUUCCUCUCUUCAUUGUUGGGCAUUUGUUCAGAUUCCGAAACCUGACCUAGAGUGUGUGAGAUGUUGGCAUGUCGGAGGCAUGUCCUUUUGUGGUGUCGCCUGUGGCCUUGACUUGAGGUCAUUUUAGGAUUGAUGCUCUUUAAGGACUUCAGCUUUCUUUGUAGCCAAUCCUGAGAUAGAUGUAGCAUACAAAUGUACCUUUUUGGUUGCUGGAGUUUUCUUCUGACCUAAAGGCGUAGUGUGCAAGUGGCGGUCGCAGGACUUACCGAUGGCUGUUUUAAUCCAAAAUAUACACAUUUUUUUAGAAUGAAGGUCCUUCCUGAAAUGGUAAUGUUCAACAUUUCAUUAUUUGGAAAUCCGAUUUCACUUUGGAUUUUCCUCUCUUGGAUGUUGGAAAAACGUAAUUUCUGCAAACAUUACUGCUUUGUGUUGAUGAGUUAUGUUAUUGGAGGGUUGUGGCCAAGGUUGUAAGCUUUGUGUAAAAUUAGAGUUGCUGUGCAUGAAAUUCACUUUUUUCAGACAAUGUUUUAAAUAUGAAUCUUCUAACUUGAAUUUGUUUGUUUUUAUUAUUCUGGGUUGUUGUGUGGUCUUCAAUCAACCAAGGGUUGUGCGUAAGUAACUUCUUGCACAAUUGAUCAUAGUUCCCAUCAAUCUUGCAUGACCUCAGUCAGGGGUGUAUUUACUGGUUGUACUUGCUCUGCCAGCGUGGUUGAGUUCAGGACCGAGGAACUGAUGAGGAAAGCUGUGGAGAAGGUCAACAAGCACAACCUCAAUGGGCGUCCCUUGAAAGUGAAGGAGGACCCUGAUGGUGUGAUAGCUCAGAGAGAAAUCAACAAGAGUGGAGGCCCCCAAGGUGGCAUGGGAGGAAUGGAUCGCAUGAACAUGGAUAGAAUGGGCCCUGGACCAAAUGGCCCCAUGGUGAACAUCCCUCCCAGCCUGAUGAACAACCCCAACAUUCCCAUGGAGAUCAUCCAUGGCCUGCAAGCGGGACGGAUUGGCAACACUGUCUUUGUUGCAAAUCUUGACUACAAAGUAGGCUGGAAGAAGCUGAAGGAGGUGUUUGGCAUGGCUGGCAUGGUGGUGAGGGCAGACAUUCUUGAGGACAAGGAAGGCAAGAGCAGAGGCAUGGGCACAGUAACCUUUGACAUGCCCAUUGAAGCCGUCCAAGCUGUCUCCAUGUUGAACGGGCAGCUGCUGUUCAACCGUGUCAUGCAUGUGAAGCUGGAUGAAAAGUCAAUGCCCAAAGAUUUUGGUCCACCUGACAGAGGUGCUUCUCUUCCUCGUGGCCUAAGUGGUGUGGGUUUGGGUUUGGGGCCUGGUGGCCAGCCCAUCGAUGCUAACCAACUCAACAGAGGCGGUGGCGGUGGGAUGGGCAACAUGGGCGUUGGAGGAAUGGAUGGAAUAGGCUUUGGCAACAUGGGAAAUCGUAUGGGGGGAGGUAUGGACAACUUUGGAGGAAUGAACAUGGAUCGUUUUGGCUCUUCGGGGAUGGGCAGAAUGAAUGGAAAUUCCAUGGGCAUGGACCGCAUGAACGCUGGAAUGGACCGUAUGGGAACAAACAUGGAUCGCAUCGGGGGCAUGGAUAGGAUGGGCAUGGACAGAAUGGACCGUCCAUCCGACAUGGACAGGAUGGGCUCUGGCUUUGACCGAAUGGGCUCAGGGAUGGACCGGCUUGGGCCUAGCAUGGACAGGCUCGGCGCCGGUCUCGACCGCAUGAGCUCCAGUAUGGAUCGCCUCGGCCCAGCCGGUUUCGACCGCUUGGGCCCAUCUAGUUUGGAUCGCAUGGGUAGUGGUCUGGACUUUGGCUCUCCAAUGGGCAUGGAUCGCAUGGGCAACACUGGGCUUGACAGAAUGUCCAGCAACUUCGAUCGCAUGGGAUCAUCUGGAGGUCUCGACCGCUUUCCGUCGGCUGGCCUCGAUCGUAUGAGCUCUGGGAUGGACAGGAUGGGAUCCGGUGGUGCGGGUCAGUUUGAUCGUUCCGCUGACUUGGAUCGUGGAUUUGGUGGAAAUUCCUUUGGAGGCGCUGGAGCGGGAGGCCCUGGAGCAGGAGCAGGAAAUAUCAGAAAGGGAUGCCAGAUUUUUGUCCGUAAUCUGCCAUUUGACUUCACCUGGAAGAUGCUGAAGGAUACGUUCAAUACAUGUGGCAUGGUGCAGUAUGCCGAUAUCAAGAUGGAGAAUGGCAAGUCCAAGGGCUGCGGUGUGGUUCGCUUUGACAACCCUGAGACUGCCGAGCGUGCCUGCCGUACCAUGAAUGGCUAUCGCCUGAACGGAAGAGAAAUCGAUGUUAGGAUUGAUAGGAAUGCAUAAGCUUUUGCAGUUGAUGUGUCAUUUGGUCUCUGAUGCCCAUGAUGAUCUAAAUUUGCUUGCUGGCGUAUCCAUAUUAACUUGGUUUGAUAUUUGUCACGGUCAUUGUUUUAGUUAGCAGUUUAAAUCAGUGUAGAUUUUAGUUUGUACAUUUUACUUUUUUAAAGACCAAAUUUUAUUUCUCCUCCCACCCCCCACCAUGCUUCACCUGUCUGCUUUGAUCUUCAAAGUGUUUUGAUAAUAAACCUCAAUAAUUAAUCUGGCCUAUUUUGUCCUU